AUGGUGGUGAAUCUCUCCACCUAUCGGAUUGAAGGCGAAUUCGAUGCUGGUGGCUGCGGCACGGUGUUGGUGGGCAGCCAUGCCCGCUCCAAGCAGCCGGUGGUGAUGAAAAUGGCCAGCAAAGAGGUGGACCGGCUCCUGCUCGCCACGGAGCGCCGGAUCUAUGCGCGGCUGCAGAAGGCCCGUGGAUGGCCCAGACUCAUCGACGCCGGUACGUAUCGCAAACGCGACGUACUGGUUUUGGAGCGCCUGGGGCCAUCACUGCAGGACCUUCUGAACUUGUGCGGAGGACGCUUCGGUCUGAAGACGGUUUCGCAGCUAGCGCUGCAACUGCUCGACAGGCUGGAAACAUUCCACGAGCUGGGGUACGUUCACCGCGACCUGAAGCCGGACAAUGUCCUGCUGGGUCGCGGAACGACCCGCAAGACGCUGCACUUGAUCGACUUCGGUCUUGCCGAGCCGCGAGAUGACAUUUUGUCACUCGCCUACAUGCUGGUGUUUUUGCUCCGCGGUGGCCUACCGUGGUAUGGUACCGAGGAGCGAUUUGAUCCGGACGAGGCACUGCUUCUGAAGUUGUGCAUUACGCCCAGCGAGCUGUGCAGAGGACUGCCGGCUGAGUUUCAGCAGUUGACCGAGUACGCGUUGCGGAUGGAAUUCUGCGACGCGCCGGACUAUACCGAGCUGAAGCGGAUGUUCCGGAAUCUGUUGCGCCAACAUUCCAUGCAGCACGAUUUGCAUUUCGAUUGGAACCGGUUUGGCUGCUAA